AUGAUCAGCAACCCCGAAUUAGAGAGUGUGAGCUGGAUGUGGGAGGAGCCUAGCGAGGAGGCCAGAGGAAGAUUCAGGAAGGGGCUUGGGACACAUAAAGAGAAGAUUCAAAUGCUUAUGUCCGCAGGAUGGGCAGAGAAGAAGGGGAAAGUAGGAGCAUGGGCAAAACAUUGGCGCGAAGACCACAAUGAACAGCAGCAGUUGAAGGAGUCCCAACUCAGAAUGCUGCAGGAGGAAACUUGA